AUGAAUUGGAUCAAAUUUUUCUUCUCUCUCAUUGCAUUAUCUACUGCCUUAAACUUGAGAGUAAGCACAAAUACAAAAAGUCAACGUUACUGUAACAAAUGUAUCAGUGGAGACUAUGGGCUCGCCAACCUCUGUUUCGGAACGUCGAAAUACAAGAAAGAAAUGAGAAUCAGUCCUGGAUUAAAAGCAAGUUGCAUGGAUAAAAGUCUACCUUUGGAACCUUGUGAUGGUCAUUGUGUCGAUGUGAUUCUUACAGAUGAACAUGACACAGAUAUCAUCAAAGGAAUAAUUGCUGGAUGUUCCACCGAUCUCAUAGACUCCAAUCGAUCAAAACAAGCACUUUGGUCCUUUGGGGACAGUAUUCAAAUUGAUGUACGCAGGACAGCCAGCCAACAUCGGUACAUUUUCACAUUAAGAAAAGAAGAGAAGAAUAGAAAUGAAGUGGAGAUGAAACCAAAUGAGCCAUCGAAGCCAGCUCCAGUGAUACCAAAAGUCAAUCUUGAUGAGGAAUACCAGCUAAAAGAAAAUGAAAUUAACUUCACUCUUUUCAUUCUCUCAGUGUUGAUUCUUCUACUGAUUGCCGUGAUAGCUGGAACUCGUCCACCCCAACCCGUUCAAGUUCAAAACACCAACAGAGCUCCAUUAACAACUCGUGCUUCGAACAGAGCAGCUCCACGUUUCCAGAGGAUCUAA